ACUACCCGUAAACGCAGCAUGCGACCCAUCCUCUGCUGUUGUGAAUGGUUUCUGUCGUGGUAGCCCGAGGCAGACGAUAGGUAUAGGCAGACGACAGUUCGCGGCAGACGACAGUUCAGGAUCUUACUUGGAUCUUACUUUUUCAGUGAGCUUUGGAGUUGGCAUUUGUUCCGGACUUUCGGAUAUCUUAAAAAAUGGCAAGUGUUUUUGGUGCUGCGGCUAUACCGUUCAUUGCGUGCAUCGCGCUCCUGUUGGCGGAAUCCCUGCAGAUCCUGUCUUUCGCUGCACCAUACUGGGCGUCGGAUCAGUUCGGUUCCUUUGGAUUAUGGCGUCAUGUGAAGUGUGUCGGAGGUUCGAACAUCGACUGCUACCAGUACGAGUACCCAUGGCACGUGGACGUGUGGCUUAACGCAGUCCGGGCGAUGGAGAGUAUCGCCAUCAUCUUCAUCGCCAUCCCCCUCGUGGUGAUGCCCGUCUACAUCUACGUGGCCCUGGGACUUUACUACAGAUGUGUGCUUCUCACCAUGACCGUGUUUGCACUGCUAGCAUCUCUCUGUAACAUCUCCGGGGUCGUGGUCUACGGUGUGACCAUCGGUCAGACACCGGACUGGGCGGUCGGCUGGUGCCUCAUCGUCUGCAUCAUCGGCGCCGGAUUCGACUUCAUCGGCUUCCUCGUCCUCCUCAUCGCCGCCAUCAACAAACCCAACUUCAGCCCUGAGCGCUUCACGACAUCGGGGUACUACGUGGACCACGACAGCAACAAGUUGUAUGCUGUGGAGGGGGUGGAGCGAGACAUGAUAAGGACGGAUGUCUCCCAGUUUGGCGGACAUUCCAACCCUGGCUUGGACGUUGAAUAGAUGAUCGGCGUUUGCUCAAAUACAAGACUGUCAAAAACAUGAGCUUGGUCAGGUGCGUAGACAAUGAUCACAAGACAGAUUCGGUAUAAGUCAUGCAAAGGCUGUCGGUAUUAACUAUCAAAAUCUGAAAUAUGAAAUCUGCCCUUCGUUUUACUAUUAACGUGUUCACAAAAUACAGCUUUCUUUUGCAAUUUCGUCACAACACACAUCCAGAUCUUUUAAAACGAGUCAAGUAUUUGUACAUAGUUCAUACGCUUUAGAGGGCACGGGUGGCCCAUUGGCCUCGGGGAUGCAAUUCGAUGUGGAGAGUUGCGUCCCUUAGGUAUACCAGAAACCUAUGAUCGUGGGUUCGAAUCCCGGUUUGCCCCGAUUAGGUUUCUAGGUUAACCCCUAGUUAUGGGUUUCGCCAAAAUAGUGUCACAAAGUCAAACAACUGAAAGACUUUAAAAGCGGCGUAAAACAAAACUCACUCACUCAAACGGUUUUGAACUAUUGGCAUGUACAUUCAAAACGUCGGCCAACUAUUUCACAUGAUCGUGUUUUAGUGUGACAGUGUUGUAGAACGUGGCUUGUUCUUCUUGUCUCAGCAAUUAAAGGGUAUGACACCCUAGUGAUCUAAUUUAACGAACACACUGUGUAGCAUGUAGUCACGUUAUCAGGUUAAACUGGUUUACCUGGAAUAGUGUUGUCCCACACAUCUGUCAAUGGUCCUCAAGGAAACAAAAGGUGCUCUGGUAACCCAAACUACAUAGUGGUGUUUUACGUGCUGUCCUAGCGUCUGUCGAGUUUUUGUAAAUCUGUUUAUAAAUGCAUUAUACAAUGUUUAGAUCGCGUCAGCUAUAUAUAUGUAUACAAGGUAUAGGUCGUGCCUGUUGUAUAUAUGCAUUUAUUGUUGAGGUCGUACCGGUUGUAUAUAUGCAUUUAUACAAUGUUUUAACCGUGUCAGUUAUAUACAUGCAUAUAUACAAUGUAUAGAUUGUGCCUGUUGUAUAUAUGCAAUUACACCACGUGUUAGACUCUCUGUUGUAGAUUUCGCACGUGUGUAAUUCAUCCAGGUCAGACGUAUGGUAAUGGGAGUUUCACUGCUCAGUAUAUCAUUUAUCUCCUCACCACAAGGGACCGACAAUUUUAUCAUUCGGGGGUAGGCUAUUGUUUGGGUUUUGUUUUCAUAAAUAAUAUGUUCCAGCAAAUAAUGGGAAAAUAUAAUUGCGUCUCAGGAUUAAAACCUAAUUGCUAGCUGGAUCUCUUGAAGCAGUCCCUUCCUGGAAAUGAAAAAGUUGGUCCCUAGUACCAUUAUAGAGUUGCUUAUUUGGCCAAGCAAUUAUCUGAAAUAAUAUGUGUGUGUUAUAGUAUUACAGUACAAUGAAAAGCCACUGUGAUGAGAAUACAUUGUCGAUAUUUCCACGUGUUGUGGUCAAUUAUAUAAACUGUCGGUCGUACAUUAUGAAUAAGAUAUCUUAUAAACAUUGAAUGAAUGUCUUUGAUUGAUUAAAUAUUAUUCAUUCUUUGCGCGUUAAUAUCAUGAGAGGUAAAAAACCGUUCCCUCUCAAUGUCGGAUGGGAAGCAAACACUAAUUAAAUGAUGACGAUAGGCUCUAGGUAAAACCUACAAAAUAUUUACAGGUGACAAACAAAAAAGCUGGAUGAGUUAACCAAAGAACGUGGAAACUAAAUCAUUGGCCAUGCGGCAUUUCAGAUAAGAGCGAUUUUGAGUAUCUUCCGUGUAAAAUGUUUAUUCAUCUGAAAUCUGUUUCAAUGCGUCUUCUUUUAAAUGAGAGUGGUGAUUUGAAGGUAAAGCCAUUGUUUUCUAUUGUGAUGUAUCCCAAUGUAGCUGUAUGUUUGGUAAAGUGGCCAGUGUCAAUGUUUGUUUUAGUGUGUUCACAAUAUACCUGUAUGUUAUACUUUAUACCCUUACACAAUGUUAUACAUUACAAUAAAUAUAUCAAUACUC